AUGGCGGAGCAAAUCGACGACGACGCGUCCGACAGUGGCGGAAGCGGGGACGACCGGGAGGAGCGGAUCUCGAUCCGCGCGCCUGUCAGCGUAGACUAUGAUUACGAGGACGACGACGAAUUCGCGGAGGAGCCGGAUGCGCGCGGAAGCGGGAGCCGCGGGACGCCGAAUCCCCCGCACGGGCGCGGUGGCAGGGGGGAACGGUCCGGCGCGCGCAGAUCUCCUCUUGGCGGCGGCGGCGGCGGCGGCGGUGGCCGCGACGACGAUGCGGAAGAGGAGCGGAUGUCGAUCCGCGCGCCGCUGAGUGUAGACGACUGGAACGGAGACGAGGACGAGGAGGACGAGGAGGGCGAAGAGGAGCGGGUGUCUAUUCGGGCACCGAUUAGCAUGAACGAUGACGGUGACGGUGACGAUGACGAUGACGAUGAUAGAAGCACCGCGAACACGGAAACUACCGGCGCCGGCUCGAAGAAGCCGCCGUCGAUUCACGCGCCGCUGAGCGUUGAGGGCGACGACGAAGAGGAUGACGACUCGUGGCUGAAACGGCUCAGAGCGCGGACCAAGGGCUCGGGUACGCGGAGCACCACCGGCGGCGGAAGCUCCGCCGGUCGCAGGCGCACGCGGCGGCCGUCAGGGGAGUUCGACAGGCGGAGCCGUCUUAGUGCGGAGGUGUAUGGGGGGAAGAAGGUGGGUCGUAGCAAAAGGAAGGAUUCAAUAGGGGGAGAGUUUCCGGGUUUCGGGUUUGGUCCGGGCGGGGUGCUGGGCGUGGGGGAUCUGACCGUUCCGCGCGCGCGGAUCACUUCCGACGCGGAGGACUUCUCCGCUCCCCCGGCCGUGGUGUCGGGAGACGCGGAAGACGGGGAAUCAGAAGAGGAGUCGGGAAUCUCGUCCGCAGGUCCGCGGUCUCCGCUUGUGGGGAGUGGGCGGGGGAAACUGGAGGCGAACGCCCGCGGGUAUGCGGAAGCCUCGGGCUCCGCUGAGACCAGCGGAGCGGAUGGGCGGGCAGAAGCGGGGGAGGCGCAGCCAGUGGCGGAGGCGGAGGUGUGGCGGCUGGUGGCGGACGUGAUGACGCGGAAAGAGCAGGAGAAGGUGCGCGGAAGAGAGUCGGGCGGGGAUAAGGAGAGCGGUCGCGGAGGCGUAGCAGAGAGAGAUAAGCUCGCGGCAGCCAUGUCGGACGGCGCAGGAAAAGCAGGAGAAUCUGCGGCGGAGGAGUCCGGGGUGGGGGCGACGGAGGGGAGCGGAGUGAGCGGAGGAGCAGGCGCAGCGGAGGGGCAGGCGGAGGAGACGGAGAGGGGAGGCGCGGUCACAAGCGGCGGGCGGCCAGCUAGCUCGGAGUCUCUGGGCGGGAGUCUGGGAGGGACGGAUACCCCGAAGGGUACUAUUGUCGAUGAAGCUAUUGCAGUAGGAGGUGAAGGUUCAACAUCUGGUGCUGAGCCAAUGACUAUUCGGGCGAACGAAAACGGGAGUGAGGCGAAGAGCAGGUCUGUGGUUACCAGCAGCGCAGGGGCGACUGAGGGCGGGAGCGAGUGCAGCACCGCGGAGGAGAUCGCGCAUCUGCACGCUGACCUGGGGUGGACGGAGGACGAGGGCACGAGUCGCGGCGAGCGCGAGCAGGGAACGCGGGAGGGACGUGAGGCUGUGAGGGGUGGAGGAGAGGUGGCGAAUGCGGGUGAAGGGAGUGAGGAAUCGGGUGAGGGAGGAGGCGAGAGGAAGGAGGCGGAAGAGGAAGGAGGCGAGUUGGCACCGUUUGAGGAUGCCAGUGCUGCUGCCAUGCUGCUAGUGGGGGGGACGGCGUCAGCAGCAGGAGUAAGAGGAGGCGCGGCGGCAGCAGCAGCAGCACAAGGUGCCAUUGCAGGCAGGGGGGCAGCAGCACCUGGGGUCAAGAACAAGCCCCCUCCGGUGAAGCUCACGCCACGACUCGCACCUGCUGCUGCAGCGGCAGGUGUGCGUGAAGCAUCGCCCGGCGGUGGCAGCACUCCCAACAGCGCUCGCGCUGAGGCGUGGAGAGGCGCGUGGAGCAGACCUCUUGCUCAUGCUGUGGCCCCCGUCAGGGGUGCUGCGAACGAUGCUAGUGCCGCCGCGGCUGCUGGUGCUGCUGGUGGUGGUGUGCGUGGUAGUGGUGGUGCUACGGGUCGCAGCGUUGUGGCGCGGGGAAGGAGGGAGGGCGUGCUGUGGCUGAGCCGGCACAGGAGGAUACGCAGUGGGGAGGGAGUGGGAGGAGCGGGAGGAGGCGGUGCCAGGGACGGUGGCGAGGGCGGCGAAAAAGGGAGGAGCGUGGCAGCAGCUGGGGUUGGUGUGACGCGCAGUGAUGAGAGUGGAGCGGUGUGCUUGAGGGGGAGUAGUGGGGGGGAGGAGGAGGAGGAGGAGGUGGAGAGCCGCCAGGGCUCGAGAGAGGCAGCGCCCGGGGGCGCGCAGGCGCAGAGGCAGGCGCGGGGGGGAGGGGAGCGGCGGGCGGAGCAGCGGGGGGGAGGGGGAGGGGCGGGAGGAGAUGGAAUGGUGGGUCGGAGGGUGAGAGAGAUGGUGAUGGAAGAGGCACAGGUGAGGGCGGGAGAGCUAGAGGAGGAGAGCUUGGGGAGUGGGCAGCUGGGGCUGCAUGUGACUGUGCUGGUGCUGGGGCGCAGGGCUGUGGGGAAAUCCGCCACUGUGCGCUCUCUGCUGGGCCUGCGCGCUCCUGCUGCUUCCCACCCUGGGCAUGACCGCGUUCUUGCAGGGAAGAGAGAUGAGCGAGGUGAGGGAGGAAAGGGAGGGGAAUCGAGAGCGCAUGGGAAGGCGGAGGAGGCAAGAGAGCAAGGCGGGGAUGGAUCAAGGGGGGUGGCGCAGAGGGGUGGUGGUGAGACGUCGGAGGGACAACACCGGAGCUGGUUGCAGCGUGCGCUGGGUAGUCUAGGUUUGCAGAUGGGUUGGGAUGGGCAUGGGCAGGGAGGGAUUGAGGAGGUGGCGGGCGAGGUGUGUGGGGUGGGGGUGCGCGUGCUGGAGCUCCCAGGGCUGGGCACUGCAGGGGCGGACAUGGCGGGGCAGGGAGAGCAGCUAGAGGACCUAGAGAUGCUAUCCCGCGUGGGCGCGGCCCUGGGGCGAGACGUGUGGCGCAGCGUGGUGCUCGUGCUCACCCACGCCGCUGCCGCCACGCCCACUGCCGCAGAGGCGCGACAGAUGGUGCUGGCAAAGCGGAGAGAGCAGAGGCAGCGGCAGGGGAGAGCGCCGGGGGAGGGGGGUGGAAAAGGGGAAGGGGAGGGGCGGGGCGAUGGGGACGGGGAGGGGGACGGCGAGGUGGAGCGGCAGCAGGUGUGGAGGGCGCAGCAGGCAGCGCUGGGAGAGGUGGUGGCACGGCGCGCGCAGUACUUGCAGCAGUGCAUCCGCGUGGCUGCUGGCGACCAGCGCCUGUGUAACCCUGUGGUGGUCGCUGAGAAUGGCGUGCCCUGCUGGAAGGCUGGCGACGGGAUUGGCAGCAGCACUGCCCCUGCUGCUGCUGCCGCUGGUGGUUCAACCAGCACUACCAGCAGCAGCAGCAGCAGCAGCAGCAGCAGCAGCAGCAGCACCAGCAGCAGCAGCACGGCGUGGCGGGAGCAGUUGCGUCCCCUGCUGCUGCCUGUGGAAGAGCGCGCAUGGGGGGGGGGCGCUGGGGACGAGGAUGACGCCGGGCACAUUGGGCGCGCAGGCAGGGAGAAGGGCAAAGGGGGGGCUGCGGGGAGAGGGGGGAGGGGAGGCAGGGGAGGCGGACGGGGAGGGGGAGGGGGAGGGGGAGGAGGAAGAGGGGGAGGAGAAGCGUCGGGGUUUUGGGCGGGAGGGUCGUUCCACCACUUGUCGUCGCAUGAGCAGCAGCUGCUGUCCGCUGCUCAGAUGAGGCGCUACCGGGCUGAGCUCGCUGCGUGGGAGGGACGUGCAGAGGUGCGGCGGAGGGGUGGGGGUGGGAGAGUGGGGGAACGAGUUGUCCCACCCCAUGGUGUCUCGCUCUUACUGUCGAUCCCUGCCGCAUCUCUCCUCCCCACGUCCAUUGCUUCCCGUCAACCUUACUUGAAGAAAGAGUUACCAUCCUCACCCUCGGCGUCCCUAAGCCCUCCUGCUCAACCGUCCCUUCCCCCAUUUCCCCUUUUCCCCGUCCCAUCAUCCCCCCUUUUUCCCCUUUCCCCUCUUCCCCUUUCCCCGCUUUUCCAUUCCCCCUUUUCCAACUUUCCCCCUUCCCUCCACCCCCCCUUCCCCCUCCCCUCCUUCCCCCUCCUCCCACUGCCCGUUCCCUCGUGCCCCCCCCUUUCCCCGUCUACCGCAGGUGAGUGCGGUGUUCCCGCUCUCCCUGCCGCCCCCCUGGCCGGUCUGGUCUCCUCCAAGGCUCUCUUACUGCUAGACGCAGAUCUCUCUGCCUCCCUCCGCCACGCCCCCCGCUCCCUCGCCAAUCCCGUCACCACCGCUGGACUCGAAAUCUGCCUGCGCCGCACACCCGCCUGGGCCCUCAUGAUGAUGGCCGCGGGAGGGGCAGGGGGAGGGGUUGCUUCUGCUGCUGCUGCUGCUGCUGCUGCUGCUGCUGCUGCUGCUGCUGCUGCUGCUGGUGCUGGUGCUGGUGCAGGGGCUGCACGGUCGACAGCAGCAGCUGAGCCUGGAUCAGAUGGGGCAGCAGGCGUGGGAGCAGCAGGAGGCGCAGCAAGACUGCGAGCAGGGGAGUCUGGGGCAAUAGGUUCAGCUGCCUCUGCUUCCUCGCUGCACGCCAGUUCUAGUGUGCGGGGAGCAGGUGGGGCUGCGUCAUUGGAGUUGGGAGCAGCAGCAGCAGCAGCAGCAGCGGCAGCAGCAGCCACGUGCACAGUGCGGUCGGAUGUGAAAGUGUCGCUGUUCCGAGGCAACAGGACGGCGGCUGGUGUGGCUGUGGCCAUGGGGAGUGACUAUGGAGACGGGAUUGCAGCGGGCGCAAAGCUGUCGUCGCGAGUGGCUGUGGGACGGUGUGUGCGAGUGAGUGGGUCAGCAGCAGCAGUGCGGUGGGGGCAGGAGGAGGCAGUGGGUGCCACAUGCAGACUACAGGUGCACGCUCCUGCCACCUCCUCCUCCUCAUCUGCUUCCUCCUCCUCCACGUCGUCACGGGCCAUGGCAGCAGCAGGCCUCUCACUGCUGCACUGGCAGGGCGCCACCAUAUUCGGGGCAGUGCUGGAGGCACAGCUGCCACUCGUUGCCCCGCCUGCUGCAGCGCUCUUCCAAAAGGGAGACCGGGGCGUACCUGGAAGGAGCAGUAAGGGCAAGGGCAGUGCUGUAACGAGCAGGAGGAGCAGCAUUGGCCAUGGGUCUAAGGCCAGGGUGCGCUUCUGGUUGUGCCGACCUUGCGAUGAACGGGGUGAACUGGAUGAAGGAUCGGAGGAGGUUACAGAAGAGGACGAAGAGAUUGGAGAGGAUGGUGGUGAGGCACUGUAG